UGUUGUUGUUUUGUUGUGGUCCGUCGUCUUGGCAGCGCUAGCCUUUAGCUUAGCUUCUGAUCAACAUGUCGGCAGCAGAGGACGAUACGGAGCUGAGAGACCUCCUGGUCCAGAACCUGGAGAACAGCGGAGUCCUCAACAAGCUCAAGGCAGAGAUGAGGGCAGCCGUGUUCCUGGCCAUGGAGGAGCAGGACAGACUGGAGGGUAAACCUCCUCUGAUCAAUGAGAGUCUCAACCAGUGUCUCAAGUCCAGGGACGGUCGUCUGGUGGUGAGUCUGAUCGUGGACUUCCUGCAGGUUUUUAACCUGGACUUCAGCCUUGCUGUGUUCCAGCCAGAGACCAACACGCUCAACGGUCUGGACAGUCGGGACCUGGUCUGCAGAGAACUUGGUUUGUCGGAGUCGGACCUGAACAGGAAGUCCCCUCUGCUACUGGAGCUCGUCAAGAGGGGGCGCCAAAGAGACCAGCCCCCGGUCCUCCCUGAGGUGCGUCAGGACUCUGAUGUGUCUCGGCCUCAGAGCCUCAUUCCCUCUGAGAAGCCCAGCUCUGCGCCUGUCAGUAAGGACUCUGACCGUGAUGUCCUUCUGGGUAAAGGAGACUUCCAGCAGACGUCCUCCCGUCCCAACAGGGAGCACCUGGACCUGGACCUGGAGGGAGACGAAGACCCGGAUCCGGAGGAUGGAGACUCCUUCUUUGAUGACCCGCUCCCCAAACCCCAGAAGACUUAUGGCUGUGUUGUCCCUCUGAUGGAGGACAGUCUCUUUGUCUCCACAAUGAGACGAGACAAAAGCCUCAGCGAUCUGUCCGUCCUGGCGGCUGAUUCUGAGGACGAGCGAGGCCUCUCUCUCUCUGAGCUCAGGAAGGGGGACACGUCCGGGGCCAGAGGGAGUCCAGGGGCGUCCAUGUCUGAGGCCUCAAGACCAGGAGGGACAGGAGGAGGAGGAGGAGCAGGAGCAGGAGGAGGAGGAGGAGGAGGCGGCGUGUCGGAGUCCAGCCUCAGCAGGAAAAGAGAGAAGGAGACGAAGAACAGCGCCCCUAGUGACAGAACCACAUCCCUACACCUGGGUCCAGAUGAAGAUGUUGAAUAUGACGAUGACUUCAACAGCCAUCGUUCCGACCUGUCCAGGAGUGAGCUGAGCAUCGGGGAGGAGAUCGAGGAGGUUUCCAUGGAGGGUCCCGACCCCAGCGACCAGGAGACCACCCAGGACCUCAGCGUGUCCCAGAUCAGCCAGAGUCACGGAGCCGACUACAUGGAGGAGGUGCCCUGACCCCCACCCCCGCCCCCGCCCCCCACCCAGGGACCGCCCAGGUUUUCCCAUCAUGCACCUGUUUGUAUUGUGGUAUUUAAUGUACAGUUUCCAAUAAAUGGAUUUGACAGAGGA